CAUAUUGGUUCGCGAUUAUCCAAAUAUUGCAUUUCUAAAGUUGAACAUGAAAAUGGAGUAAGCUUACUACACGAGUUAGUUAGGGAGGUCGUAAUUUGCAUAUAUUGAGGACUAAACUCAUUAAUUUUUAUAGAAGAUUAUAAUCUAAGGUCAAAUGGAUCAAAUACUGCAAUAGACGGACUAAAACUAGAGUAAACCUAAACCACAAGGACAAAACGUGAAAAAAAAUUUAGAAAAAAACUAGCCGUUGCAUUGGAAAUACUUGACCGUUAAUGACAAAAACCUGCACCAAUUUUCUCUCAAGCAAUCAAAGUUCGUUUUCUCUAAGAAACAGGGGAAUCUCAAUACAGAAUGGUGAAUGACGAGUUGAAGAAGAGUCCCGAUAACCCAAAAGCCGCGAAUGGUGAAAAACGGGAGGAGUUGUUCAGCCCAAGAUUCAGAUCAGUGGCUGCAAUGGCGGGUUGGGACGAAGAGGCUCUGCUGAUAGCUAGUCUUGUUGUCGAAGAAACUCCUGAUCGCCAGCAUAAACAAAAGAGACUUCUUGGUUUGCAGCAUUUUGUGACUCCGCCUACGAAUUCCAGAAGGAAACGAAGGGCUCAGAAGAAGAACCCUGCUUCCAUACGUGUUGCUGUUAUUGAUCUUGAUGGCAAUGAUGACACUGCAAAAAAAGAAACUGAGAAAAAGAAGCUAGAGCAAAAAUUCACUGGAAAAGGAGAUGAGGAAGGAGUCGAAGCAUCAGAAGAACAGGACUCUUGUGUUUCCUCUUCUGGUUCAGCCAUUCUGUGCAUGGAUAGACUUCGUGAAGAACUUUCUUGUGCCAUCUGUUUGGAGAUUUGUUUUGAACCCAGUACCACUCCUUGUGGACACAGUUUCUGUAGAAAGUGUUUGCGAUCUGCUGCAGACAAAUGUGGGACGCGAUGCCCCAAGUGCAGACAUAUUAUCAGCAAUGGAAGAUCUUGCACUGUAAACACAGUCCUUUGGAAUACAAUUCAACUUGUAUUUCCCAAAGAAGUGGAAGCAAGAAAAGCAGCAGGAGCUUUAAAUAGUAGAGAAGCUCAGCAUCAAAGUCCAGCAAGAACUGUGGCCAAUCAUUUUAAUAUUUCAAGAAGCAGAAUAGAUAGGGUCCUAGCAUUACAUAGUCCAGAUUCUGGAUCUCGAAAUCCACAACAAAGGAGCUCUCACUCUAUGAGAAGACGAAAUGUGAGGCCUUCUGGAACAUCAAGCAGAAACGGAGACAUUAGCUUAAGGACAAGGAGAGCAUUACCACCGAGCCAGAAUGAGGAUGCUGCAUUAGCAAUGCAACUGCAGAGAGAGGAGUUUAAGGAGACGUUUAGGACAAGGCGCUCUGAUGAGCAGUACAGGAACGCUCUUGCUCUAGCCAGAGUGAAUUUGAGGGCCAUGGCAUCAACAGCUAUUAACAACAUUCGUGUUAGAGGGCGAGGAACAUAAAUUUAGAUUUCCUAAUGUGGAGCCAGUAAUGUAUGAACUUUUUUACUUUUUAAAUUAGAUUCGUCCACUAACGAACAAACUUUGUAUGCACGGAGAAUUUAAAGAAUUUGUUGAUGACACAA